UUGAUUCCAUAAUAAGUGAGUGACGAGCACAUGCCGACUCCCUGACGGGCGUAGAGCGCGCCUAUGCACAACCACAAGCACGGGAGUGAGAACCCAGCCGCCCCGCGUGCACCCAGCUGCAGGAAAACCCGGGGGACACCCGAAGGUGACCCGCAGCACUGCCUCGCGUCCGGAACUCGCGCCGCAGGGCUCACACCCCGGCGGCCGCGCGCGUCGGGAAGAAGGAAACGCACGGACGGACGCGGGGCGGAGCCUCUCCGGGCCGGAUGGAGCGCGCGGACGCCGGGACCCGCGGGGCCAACAUGCCCAACUCCUUGCUGGCUCUUCAGACCCAGAGCGGAGCCGAGGCGGCGCGGGCGCGGGUGCAGGAGCAGGACUUAAGGCGGUGGGGCCUGACAGCAAGUGAACUACACAAACUCUUGCAGCCGUUUUUGCUGAGGCGAGUGAAAGCUGAGGUAGCCACGGAGCUUCCCAAGAAGACAGAAGUAGUGAUAUACCACAGCCUGUCAGCCCUGCAGAAAAAAUACUACAAGGCCAUUUUGAUGAAAGACCUAGAUGCAUUUGAAAAUGAGAUGGCAAAGAAGGUUAAACUACAAAACGUCUUGUCUCAGCUGCGGAAGUGUGUGGAUCACCCGUAUUUGUUUGAUGGUGUGGAACCAGAGCCUUUCGAAAUUGGAGACCACCUGAUUGAGGCCAGUGGGAAACUUUACGUGCUGGAUAAGCUGCUGGCGUUCCUGUAUUCCAGGGGCCAUCGAGUUUUACUCUUCUCCCAGAUGACCCAGAUGUUGGAUAUUCUCCAAGACUACAUGGAUUACAGAGGCUACAGCUACGAGCGUGUGGAUGGUUCCGUGAGAGGAGAAGAGAGACACCUGGCCAUUAAGAACUUUGGACAGCAGCCCAUUUUUGUGUUUCUCCUGAGCACCAGGGCAGGUGGAGUUGGCAUGAACUUAACGGCGGCAGAUACCGUGAUUUUUGUUGACAGCGACUUCAAUCCUCAGAAUGACUUGCAAGCAGCUGCCAGGGCUCACCGAAUUGGCCAGAACAAGUGUGUCAAAGUGAUUCGGCUGAUUGGCAGAGACACCGUGGAAGAAAUAGUCUGUAGGAGAGCCGCCUCCAAGCUGCAGCUCACCAACACGAUCAUCGAGGGGGGCCAUUUCACUCUGGGAGCCCAGAGGCCUGCGGCUGAUGCUGACCUCCAGUUGAGUGAGAUACUCAAAUUCGGUUUGGAUAAACUGCUAUCCUCAGAGGGGAGCACCGUGGAUGAAAUAGACCUGGAGUGUAUCCUGGGAGAAACAGAAGACGGUCAGUGGGUCUCUGAUGCCUUGCCUACGGCGGAAGAAGGGAGCAGAGAGCGAGAGGAAGGAAAAAACCACAUGUACUUAUUUGAGGGGAAAGACUAUUCUAAGGAGCCUAGUAAAGAAGACAGAAAAUCAUUCGAGCAACUGGUGAAUCUGCAGAAAACCCUUUUGGAGAAAACUAGUGAAGAGGGCCGGUUACUCAGAAAUAAAAGCAGUGUUCUCAUCCCAGGCCUGCUGGAGGGCUCUACCAAAAGGAAGCGCAUUCUAAGCCCAGAAGAGCUGGAGGACAGACGAAAGAAAAGACAGGAAGCAGCAGCCAAGAGAAAGAGAGUAAUGGAGGAGAAAAAGAAGAAAAAGGAAGAAGAGGAACAUCAGAAAAAGAUGGCCUGGUGGGAGUCCAACAAUUACCAGUCCUUCUGCCUGCCUUCCGAGGAGAGCGAACCCGAGGACCUGGAGGACCAGGAAGAUGAGAGCUCUGCUCAACUGGAUUACGAAGACGCAGACUCGACCUCCAUCACGUAUGUCAGCGGUGAUGUCACCCACCCACAGGCUGGGGCGGAGGACGCUAUCAUCGUGCACUGCGUAGAUGACUCAGGCCGUUGGGGCAGAGGCGGUUUGUUCACAGCUCUGGAAAACCGAUCCACUGAGCCAAGAAAAAUAUAUGAGCUGGCUGGGAAAAUGAAAGACUUGAGUUUGGGAGGUGUCCUUUUAUUCCCCAUUGAUGAUAAAGAGUCAAGAAACGAAGGGCAAGAUUUGUUGGCCUUGAUUGUGGCUCAACACCGUGACCGCUCCAAUGUCCUCUCUGGCAUUAAGAUGGCAGCCCUAGAAGAAGGCCUGAAGAAGAUAUUUUUAGCAGCAAAGAAAAAGAAAGCAAGCGUCCAUCUUCCACGCAUUGGACACGCCACGAAAGGCUUUAACUGGUACGGUACUGAGCGACUUAUUCGGAAACACUUGGCCUCAAAAGGCAUCCCAACUUCCAUAUACUACUUUCCUAGAAACAAGGCUGCCACCCCUCAGGCCCAGCACCCCUCUUCCUCAGGACAGCUGGUACCUUAGCCGGCCCAGCGUCAGACCCACUGUCAGCAGCCCCUGAGAAGAUCCCAGCUCAGAGCCACUGUUACAGCAUUUCAGAAGGAAUCGGGAUCCAGUGGACCUCUGCGUUACUCCUUUUCUGAAUUCUAACGCGGUUCUCCCGGAUGUGGUACUCUGGUCUGGUGCCUGUAAUACAGGAGUGCACCCCUCACUCAGGACAGCCCUUGGGCAGCUUGUCAGGGCCCCAGUUUGCACAGCUGUUUGAAUAAUGGUUUCAUUGCUUGCUUUCCUUCGUCUAGUUUUCUUCUCUAUUAGACUGAUUUCGUUAGAGAGGGAAAGGCCGUGUGGAUUAAGGAGAAAUGAAAGGGAACGGAAGAGGGUGGCUCUGGGAGGAGGAAGCCUGCGGCCACUUCAUGCCCUGGGAAGGAAGCCUCCGAGGGGCAGAGACUGAGACGCGAGGCCCCUGAUCUUUUCACGCUGCCCUUUUCACGCUGCUCAGCGUCGAGACCUAGAAUACACGUUGGCCUGAAAGCCUGUCCGAUGUCACCGGGAAACCAGAGGCCUCCUUUCCCCUUCCCACCCAGCAGCUCAGCCUCAAGAAAAAAGGGAAUCGUGGGGAUGGCACAGAGCUGCCCCACCAUGGGGAGAGCAGGGGGCUGAGACCACCGGAGAAGGCGUCCUGGGGGAGACACCCCGCCAAGCUGUGACUUUUCCCACUUCUGUACGGGAGGGCUCAGCUUUUGCCAACGCCCCUUAGCCAGCCUCAUUUCUGCUGCCCUGGGGCCCUCAACACCCACAGUGCUGUUGGGGGGCUCUUCAGAAGCCUCAGCCAGGGCCCUCGUUUCAGGGACCCCUGGCUAAUGGGAGACUCAGGCAGGACCAUGACCUUCUAAGGAAGGUGCUGCCCUCAGCACCUGGGCUGUACAGUCUGUUCGACUCUCCCUGGCACCUUCAUGCUUCAGCGAUUCAGCAUCUGUGUUCAAGACCUCUUAGGUCCUAAAUUCAUGAUUCUUUACUAUAAAACUUACUACUCUCCUUUUCACUGCCUCCUAUCUAGUACUGUCACCACUAGCCCUUGGCACACAGGUUAUUAGAAGAACUCAGACCCUCUUGACUGGCGUUUUAAGUCUGUCCUGCAACUGGAAGCAGAAUUGGACUCCACCAGGCAGAGAGCCGUGAGGCCUCACCUCGGGCACGUGCCUUCCGAAGCAGCCAGAGUCCACACGGGUGGGGUAUGAGCAGAUACAGAGAAAACUCAAUCGUCCGAAAGCUGCACUUGCUUCUUAGAGCGGGUCGCGUAGGGCUGGCGGUGAUGGUUCUGCACAGGAGAAGCACCAGGGCAGGACACUCGCUCCCAACGGGAGCAGCGCUGAGCUUUUCAGCGCAGCUGUUGUUUUGAGAGAGGGGGAGGCUUCCUUUUCACUCUGCGCUCCAUCCCCCGUGCUCCAGCCGCACGGCCUUCUCUGGCUGAGGCUCUGGGCCAUGAGCCUCUGUCUCCUGGCAAGCUGGGCAGAACAACACAGGAGAUCAGAAAACACGUAAUGCAUGCGCCCUUAAACGUGUCACCUUCUAAGGCAACUCCUGCCUUCCUUGCCCACCUCAGAGCUGCCCUGCUGCACUCCGUAUGUCUUGCAUAUCUUUACAAUCCCGCACUCUUCCCAUCAAAGGGGUGUCGUUCUCUGGGAAGGAAGAAUGAGAGAAGCUACCUACUCUGUUUAGCCCAUGGAUUUCGUUCUGUUUCUUCCGCAGCAUAUCUUUGAUGCCAUCUAGCCUCCCCUCUGAGAAGAGUAAGAUGAAGCCAAGAAGACAGGCAAGAUUUUAGUCACUAAUGAGCAUUUGUAGAGAUGUUUGUGCCCUAAACAUAAGGUAGUGAGGAACUUGAAUCUUUUGACAUUUUUCUAUAUGUACACGGAAAUUUUUUUUUUAAAUAAACUUUUCGUGGUAGCUUGUUUAA